AUGGCAGAGGCCUCAUCAACAUCGUCAGGAGGGGUUGUGGAUGACCCUCUGAGCCUGAAGCAACUCAGCCUGUCAACUAGCCCAGCCAAUAUUGUCAACCAUGGCAGCCAGAUAACAAAUGACGGGUUGAGAGAGCCAGGUGGUUCAGAGGGCGUGAGUGGGGACAGCCCCUCACACAGGAACAGGCUGAGGCGGUUCACAGACGUGCUGGGCACAAAGAAGAUUGACCUGAGACAGCUGAGGCGCCUGGCAUUUCAUGGGAUCCCUGACAAGGACGGCAUGCGAGCAACUGCCUGGAAGCUGCUGCUGGGGUAUUUACCCCCGGACAGGGGGGAAUGGGAGAGCGUGCUGCGGCAGAAGCGGGCGGCAUAUCAGCAAUUCAGGGAGGAGCUCAUCAUAGACCCCAAGAAGCAGGAAGGGUGCACGGGAGGGGACCACCCCCUCAGCCAGAGCAUUGACAGCAAAUGGAACGCCUUCUUCAAGGAUGCUGAGAUGAUGGAGCAAAUAGACAGGGAUGUCAUGCGGACCCACCCAGGCUUGCACUUUUUCAGCGGCGAUGAUGGGGCAGCCGUCACCCACAGAGAGGAAAUGAAGCGGGUGCUGUUCAUUUUUGCAAAGCUGAACCCGGGCCUGCGCUAUGUGCAAGGCAUGAAUGAGCUUCUGGCGCCGCUGUACUUCCACUUCCGCUGCGACUGCGACAGAGACGCUGCAUUGCAUGCAGAGGCAGACGCAUUCUUCUGCUUCAUGGACAUCAUUUCAGAGUUCAGGGACAACUUCUGCCAGCAGCUGGACAAUAGUGAAGUGGGCAUCAGAGCAAUGUUGUCCCGUCUUAGCAGCCUCUUAAACCAGGUUGAUCCAGAGCUGUGGUAUCACCUCACGCACAAAAACAAGGUCAACCCGCAGUUUUAUGCCUUCAGAUGGAUCACGCUCCUCUUGACACAGGAGUUCUCCUUUCCGGACGCUGUGCGGUUGUGGGACACAUUGUUCUCUGACCCGGGCGGCCGCACAGACUGCCUGCUGCGUACCUGCGUUGCCAUGCUUGUCAACGUUCGUGGAGAGCUGCUGCAGGGAGACUUCUCUGCAAACCUGAAACUGCUGCAGCGGUACCCUCCAGUUGACGCGCACGCCAUUCUGCACAUUGCUGAGCAGCUCGCGGAUUCAAAUAGCAUUUCAUGA